AUGCCAAUAAGAGAAAUAGAAGGCAAUACUGAUAGAAUAGAUUCUGAAGAUGCCUUUUAUAGUGUUAUAGCUUCUAACUCCCAACAAUAUGACUUAGCAAUAAGUAUUCCCAAGAUAAGGGUUCGUGAAGAUAUAAUGAAUGAGUGGUUUAACAUAAAUAAAGGCUGUAAUUUGUCUCUAUUAGCUCUAAGAUUUAGAUUACUUUGUUUAAAGAUAUAUAUGGUACGCAAUGGUCCAAUUGUCCCCAAGAUUUUUUAUCAUGGGUCUACCUUCUCAUUUGAUUUAACAUAUCAAGAAUAUGAGAAACUAUUUUUAGAUGAUCUUGUAAUAGACUGUGAUGCAGAUUUAGUUGGCCAAUUAUUAUAUUUAGUGUGUGUGUUAUCUGAUCACCCCAAUAUAACAAGUGAGUGGAUAUCAUUUCUAACUAUCCAGUUAUUCUCAACCACAUAUUCACUAGAGGAUGAAAAAUCCAUUUGGUACAUGACUAUAUGUAAUAAGAGUAAUAGUGAAUUGUAUCCAUUACCAUUAGAAGAGAGAAAAUGGACUAAACAUGUUGAAGCACUGAGAAGAGAUGAUAUAUAUUUAACUCAUUCUAUAAUUAACACAUCUACAAUAUUAAAUCCAACUAAUGGAACUUUGGAUUUCUUUAUAAUAUCUUGUUUACAACUAUUAAUGGAUCCUUUAUAUAAUAAUAUAGAGAAUAUAUUUUGUAUAUACCCUAAAGAUACAGAGGUAUUUUCAAUAUGGCGUCUACCAAGUAACACUCCACUAAUAAGUAGAUGCUCACAAGUUUGGAGUGGACAACAUAUUGCCUACCGUUGCUUAACAUGUGGUACGAGUAGUUCAUCAUGUAUAUGUGUAGAGUGUUUUCAGAGUGGGAAUCAUGAAGGACAUGACUAUUAUAUAUAUAAGUCAGAUUAUGGUGGUUGUUGCGAUUGUGGUGAUGAACAAGCAUGGAACUCUGGUGGAUUUUGUACUCAUCACAAAGGAUCUGCUGACAUAAACAAACAUAAGGAAUUAGAUGACUUUAAUGAAUUGAAAAUAUCUAAAAAUAAACUCAGAGAAAUACUGAAGGGGCUCCUUCAUGGAAUUUUAUGUCAUGUAGUAUGCCUUUCAAGACUAUAUUGUACAACACCUCCAACAAAGGAAUUACUUUUGCCUUUUAAUGCAAAGUUAUAUUCACGUGCUUUAUCACAUAAUAUAGAUGAAAAUGAGAAUCACUUUUUGUUUGAAGAUCAAGAAUACAACCUGUUUGCAGAAAAUAUAGAAUCUGAUACUGCUCUUGAUAGUGAAUCUCUCAACAGAACUGAUACUACUAAUAAUAACCCAUCUCAUACUAGUGGAAGCAAUACUUUUGUUAUAUUGCAUCGUGAUAAAUAUAUUCAUAUGGAUGCAUACUUCUUUGAAUGGUUUAUCUAUUUAUGUGAAACAUACCCAACCAUAUUCCUUGAGCUCUUAGGAGAGUUAUUAGGUUCUCCUAUUCAUGAACUUUUGCUAAAUUAUGGAGAUGGAAGUGAGCCUAGAACAUCUAAACUGUUACAGCCAUUAAUAGAGCAACAGAGAGUUCACAGUCUUAUAAAAGAAUGGAAAGAUAUUCCAAAAUUACUUGCUUUAAUUCAUCCAUGUUGGAGACGUAACAAAGUAGAAAAUAUAACCGAGAAAAUAUUAGGAUGUAAAGAAGAGGGAAAAAUAAAUAAUAAUACAGAUAAUUGUGAUAGAAUAGAAGAUCAAGAUUAUUCUUUUGACACAGAUCACAAACUGGAUAUUAUUAUGGAAGAAGAAAGUCUUAAGACAAAUCCUUUGUCUUGUUCUGGUAAUAGUAAUUCUGAAAACAUUUCUAUUAAAAGAUUUGUAUCUUACUUCCCACUAUAUAAUAGAAAUAACUUGUCGUAUGAUACAAAUGCAUCAAUAUCAGAUAGCAAAGAAAUUUGCUCAAAUAUUGACGAAAGCAAAUUAAAUAAAAAAUUCAGCAUACCAUAUAAAGAUAUAGUUGAUCCAAUUAAUAAUAAAGCACAUGAAAAAUAUUCUAACUUAAAUGACAAUAUUAAAGAUAACAAAGAUGGAGAGGGACUAGAAAGGUUAUAUAUUAGAAAUAAGGAUCUUUUGAAUGAUAAGCUAACAUAUUUAGAUGCUUUCUGGGUAAAGUGGUCUCAAAAACUCCUUAAUACAGGUCAAUUAAGCUCUCUGAUAACUUAUAAGCAAGGAGACUUAACAGAUUUAUUAUUAAUGCUGAUGUUUGAUUUUAAUUUCAAAAGUUUUAUAUUUCCUAAAAUUUUUCUAAGGAAUUAUUGUGAGUUAGUUAAAAGACAAGAUAAAGCUCUAACAAGAAUAGCAGUUCAAUUAUUUACAAUAGAGAAGAUCUUGUGUAAUAUGGUUUUACAUGGAGAUUUGAUCAAGAUCCUUUUUGGGACAACUUUCCAAGUAUUACAAAGUUCAAUCAUAUCAUCUAAUGAAGUACCAAUUAACUUAAACAAUUUGAGUAAUAGAAAUACUCACAAUACAUAUUGUAGUCUGGAAUCUACCCGAGAUAGUGAAUCAAUUACUAGAGAAAGCCAGUUUCUUCUUAUGUUGAAUCCCAUAGAUCCUUCACUGACGAGGCGUAGAUACUCAUAUCCACUGCAUGACUCAAGAUAUAUAUUACACUCUACAGACCUACUUCUAUUCAUCAUAUUUAAUAUAGUAACUCCAGUAGUUCAGGAAGAGCUACUUAUAAAAGGAAUAAAAGGCGAGGAGAUAUUCCUUAAAAGUGAGCAACUUUACUUGGACUUCUGGCAUAGGGGAUGGUUGGCUUUAUUAAGAUUGUCCCAGUGUAUUAAUCCUCACAAAAGCCACUGCCAGAGUGCACUAGAUGAUUCUGUAUGGCAUUCUAGUAUCUUGUUUUGUUGUGAUAUUGUUUCAAGUGUCAAUGGAAUUAUACAAAUAAUUAAGUUUUUAAUUGAUAUACUAUGCAACAAUACAUCCCUGAAUAUUGAAAGUUUAAGAAGUAGUUUGAAUAAGUACAAGGAGCAAACAAAAGAAAUAUCUUUAGGAAUUUAUCGUAUAACAGUAAACUCAAUUCAGGCACUUUUGCAAUGGAUAUAUUUGGUAUCUGUUAAUGAAAAGUGGAAUGUUCACUACGAAUUUUACGAUAAUUUUUGCACUACUACUUUUCUCUCCAAUUUCUAUGAAUCUUCCAAAUUUGAUAAUGUUAAUUGUUUCGGGAAGUUUUCAUGGAAUUAUAAAUUUGGAUAUGAGAGUAAUCGAGAAAAUAAGAUAAUAGCAGUUAGUAAUCACUCAAUUAUUAAAGAUAAGGUAUCUAUACAUUUACCUUUGCAUCGAACUACACUUCAACUACUUUAUAUUUAUAUAGAAUAUAAUUACAAAAUAAGGCAAAAUAAUGAAGGUAAAUCCGACGAAUUAAAUGAUGAAGAGCAUCAAGAAGAUUUUGAAAGUACACAAAAAGAUUAUUUUAAGAAGUCAUGUAAUUCCGUAACUCCAUCUUCCUCUUCUUUAUUGAGUAUUGAAGAUUUUUUGAAAUCUAUUGGUAUAUUUAAUGAAAUAACUCUUUUAUGCAUAUUAGAACAUCCAAUACGUUCGUAUUGCUUUGCAUACCAAGCAUUCUGUAUGAGUAAUGUCUGGGUUAGAAAUGGACUAGCUCCAGUCAAUGAAGCUCAAUUUUAUAAAAAGACUUAUUGGGCCACUAUGUAUCUUAUUAGUGACUUAUUUAUUAUAAGAUUUAUACUAUGCUUUUUAACCUCUCAAGUAUCAAAAGAGAUAUUGCUAAAAUCCCUAUUACAACACUUUGAUAUCCAUGAAGAAGUAACUCCUAAUAACAAAGUAGCAUAUGAAGAGAAACUUGGGGACAGAACAGAAAUUCUAAAAAAUAUGAAUGAUAGUAUAUCAAAUUUUGAAUUACCUAACAAUACAAACAGGAGAUUUUGGCAAAUUUUUUGUGAUGAGAUAUCUCCAAAUCUCUUAUCUUGUGCAAAUUGUAUGUUGGAUAUAAUAGUGAAAUGCUGUACAAUAGACUUACCACUUUGCCUACCAUAUGAUAUGAUAUUUCUUAAAUAUGUACUUUUACAAUCAUUGAUGAAAGGUCCGAAAUCUCGCUCUGAAAUACAGGAAAGUUUAUCUUCUUACUCGAGUAACCUUAUUCACUCACUAGCAACAAGUCAUAUGGAGUAUAUAGAUGCUACUUUAAAUAAAUUUUGUGUAAGCAUAUCAGCUACGGAAACAAAGCCAUUACUCUAUCAAUUGCAACAGCCACUAGGCUGGAUGAUUUAUGAUCCAACAUUCCCAUUAGCCUCUUUCAAUGAUUUACUCAGUACAGAUGAAUUACUACUUGAGAAUAUCAGGAACUGGAAUUUGAAUGACACUAAACGGCGUAGAGUUGGCGAUUAUUCACUUGAUAGUCAAUCUAAAAGUAUUUGUUAUAACAAUAAGUCUGAACUAUCUACUUGUACAAGCUCUAACUCUAAUUAUCCUUCAUUUAUAAAAUUCCCAUUAAAAGUAGCAUACCUUCCUAAAAAGAAUUUUUUUUUAAUAAACAGAUACUUUGAGUUUUCAUCUUCAAGAAUAGUAAGGUCAACAUUGAUAAGUAUGAUAUUACAGUUACAGUGUGAAAUUUUUAAUUACUCUUAUAAGAAUACUAUAGUUGCAGAUGUUAGAAAUAUACAGUUAACAGCCCAUUUAUUAUUUAGACUGAUCAUUCUGGAGAUUGUACAAAAGUGCAUAUUAACAGAUUUUCAUAUAGAAAACUUUAUUGGUGAAGAUUUUCUUGAAAAAUUGUAUUCAUCCUUUUUUACACUUGGAAGAGUAGAAUAUGGUGAAGCUCAUUGCGACACUUUAAAUACAGAAAGAACACAUAAAAACUGUGAAGAUACACAAAAUAAAUACAAAAAGGUAGAUAUAAAUACAGAUACUCAAAGAUGUUCCAAUGAAGAUGAAUCUUUUAUAUUAGCAGGUAUAACAAAUGAAAUGUGCUAUCACAUCUAUAAAAUAUUUGCAAGUAAAAAACAAGAAUUACUUAAUUCAUGUUACACUAUAAAAAGUUUAAAUAUUUUUGAAUUAUCAAGGGAUAUAGAUAGCCUCGAAGAUAUUAAUAUAUUUGAACUUUUAUUAUACCAAUUUAAGUUAGAAGGAAUUUUUUUGGACUCAAAAAACCAUCCCAUCUCAACAUCCUCAUUUUGCAUGCUAGAUAUUUUGCUAGAAACUAUUUAUUCAACAAGAUUAGUCAGCUUCAGAAAUAAUUCAGUUUUAAUAAAAGCUCCUAAGUUUAUUACAGAGGAAAUGAGGAACCAUAUUCCAUUGGAAGCUUCAUUUUUCUUUGAAUGGAGUCUGACGAUAGCUAAAAGUUGCCAUCCCCGCAUAAAUCAGUAUAUUGAUAACUAUAUCAGAUCCACAUUUACUUUUGAUUAUAAUAUUGAUAAAAGCUCCGAAUUUAGUUCUAAAUCAAAGUCCAAAGUAUUUAUGAGGCAAGUGGCAAUUAUGAAUAAGUAUGCGCAAAAGCGACAGGAAUUCAUAAAUCUACAACCAUCUACCAUAUUAGAUGGAGACUUAAAAGACCAGAAUCUACAUAUUCAGGAUAUUGAACCUAGCAUUCAUAUUGAAGUUGAUCAAUCUAACAUUGCAGAUUCACCAUCUUGCGUGUUUUGCCACGAAAAAAUAACUUGUGAAAAUAAUAGUCAAAUCUUUACAUUUGCUUAUCUAGAUUUUCAGGGUCUUUCUGAAAGUCCAAGAAUACGUUUACAUCCAAAAACUGAUAUAAAUGAUUCCUUAUCAUCAAAUAUCAAAACAAAAUUAAUAAAACGUGAAAGGUCUUAUUCAAACCAGGGACACCCUAUAUCCUUAAACCUCUCUCCAUAUAGUGAAAAACCUUCCAGUUGCUCAGCCUUCAGUCCAAUUUCUUCUUAUAUAUCACUUUAUUUAACAACAUGUGGACAUCUUAUACACUGGAAUUGCAUAAGACAAUAUCAAAAACUUCAAAUACAACAAGAGAAGACUUUGGCUAAUUCGUCACAUAAUCAACCAGUUAUUAACCCUCCUGAAAAUGAUGUAAAUUUCUCAAAUUUUCCACUUUUACCUGAAACUCGAACUAUAAAACUAUCAGUCUUAAGGCAAAAUCAAAUAUCCUGUAAUGAGGCCACAAAUCAAGAUAAUGAAGAAACUCAAACAACACCCAAUGUAGAAAUAUGUGAAGGAUUAAAGGAUUCAACAAGUGCAUACCCGGAUUGCAUAAUCCAUACACUAUCUAGUGGUAAAGAUACUGAAAAUUGUACUAUCCAAUAUCAAGGGACAUACCACUACACCUAUUUACUAUGUCCAUAUUGUACAGUUCCAUCUAAUAUUGUAUUACCUGUUUUUUUACAAAAUGAUAGAAGAGAAGUCAAUCAAAGUAUUUUAUAUCAUACUCCUGGAAAUUUUGAAGUACUUGAAAGGUUACUAAAUUUGUUAAACGUAAACAAGGAUCUGAUCAAUAAUGAAAAUAAGACUUUUCCAAAUGUGUAUUGUACUAUAUCAUCUUCUACAGUCAUUCAGCAAUUACUACCACUAUUACAUUCAACUAGCUUAAUUCUGCCUUGUUAUAUAGUUUCUGAUAAAAUCAAAGUAGGUAAUUAUAUGUUAAAUAAUCCCUUAAGCUUAAUUUCUAAGCUUAUUAGUGAUAAUAUACUGAUUGAAUCGCAAAAUUUGUUUGUAAAUGGAUCUUCUAAAACAAAAAUGUACAGAAUAUUGAUAGAUAUGUUUCAAUACAUAUGCUUAACUAAUGGAAAUCUUAAGAUAUCUCUUCAAAAUUCCUUAAGAAAUACUUUGUUUAGUAAUAAAAGCAAAAUAGACGUAUGGGAAUUUGCUGCAUUACAAUCUCCAUCAUCACGAUUUCAAUUUGCUAUUGCCUCUAUUCUAUCUUUCGAAAAUGAUAUAGUUCCAAUUUUAACUUAUUUCCUAGUUAUAGAAAUAUUUUGUAUAAUUUGGACAUUCUGGAAUAAUGAUUGGUUUGAACUUGAUAUAAAUGAUACAAAUGAGGAACAAUUUGACGACCAUCUAAACAUCAAGAGUUUAAAUCCAAUUAUUGGAAUUAUAAAGAAACUUAAAAAACAUACUAACAAAAAAAAAAUUAAUCCAACUGAAGCUAAAGCCUUAAAUUUCUUUAUUAAUUUGAUAUAUGGAACAUCUUAUAAUCUUAAAUAUAAACAUUUGGAUUUAAGAAAAAAUGAAAAUUCAGAGGAAAAGUACAUAUAUUGCAUUGCAAAAGAGUGGAAAACUGUUAACAUAGCAACAACCCUAUAUGGUGCUUUGCCAAUACAACUUGAAAUGAAACCAAUAGAUGAACAGAAUCUAGAGAAAAGUGGAGAAUAUCAAAAUAACCUAUUUAUCUUGAAAAGUAAAACUACUGACUUUAAUUCAUCUGAAUAUCCAACAAUAGACUUAGAGUCACUUUUAGAUUCAGAUAUUGAUAAAAUAAAUUUAAAUAAAAUGGAAUUUGAAGGAAUAUCUAGUGAUUUAAUUAAUAAUAUUAAUUACUCAAGUAGUUUAAGUGAUAGUACAUCUUUUAACCAAAAAAAAGAUCUAAUAAGUGAUUUUGUUGAACAUAUCUCUAAAAGCAUUGGAACUGGUUUAAUUAAAAAUAUUAAGAGUCUUAAUGAAGUUGUUAAAUGUGGAAUUUUAAAAUGGAUGAGUUGUAUUACAACCUUUUUAAGUAUACUCAAAAACAGAGAAAACGUUUCAGAUAAGUGUUCAAAUAUAUUACAAAAUUUAAUAUGGAGAAUUUCAGAAAUUUUGGGAAAUAAUGAUAUUAGAGAACUUUGGAAUGAAUUAAUUAAUCUUGAGAGCGUUCAUAACUCUAAAAUAUAUGCUGAGAUUUUACAAAAAAUACCAUUUUUUAAACUGAUUACUACUUACAAUAACUUUAUACCAAUGACAUAUCUAGAUAUCACGACAGAUAAUUCAAUUCCUAAAGACUCAUGCUUAUACAAACAUCCACUUGUGAGUCAUAUGAAUUCAUCUUCAUUCGAGACACUACUAGAGUUUAUUAAAAAGAUUAAUAAAGAAUACUAUCAAUAUACUAUGUUAUAUUGGAAAAUACAGGAUUAUUCAAUAAUAAUAUCUCAAUAUUAUCAAUUUACACUAUUACCUCCGAGAGUAUACCAUUCCUUAUAUAAUAAACUAAUAUCAAAUCCUACUUUACACUGGAAAAGUUUAGAUUUAACUAACACACACCAGCUUAUUAUAUGCCUUACUUGUGGAGCUACUUUAUGUACAGAAAAUCGUUGUUGCAAUGAAUCUGAAGUAACAACUUUAAUAACUUCAUCAAUAUUCAAGUGUCAUUACUAUUACCCAGCAAGUAACUCUGAUAAUAAUGAUCCUGACUACAUUCUUCCAUACUCAAUUCCCUCUGGAUCAAGCCUAAUCAUGUCUAAUACACCUAUACCAAUUAGAGAUCAUAUAGCACAUUGUGGAAGAGGUCUAUCAUUUUUUUUGCAUAUUCCUUCAUCUCUAGUAUUAGCUCUAAGGCUUGAUAUAGCAAGUACUAAAUGUCUAUUUACUAGCUUUCUUGGCUGGGAUAGUGAGAAACUAAUAUCUGGUGGGAGAGUUUCUUAUAUGUCUACUUUAUAUGUUGAUGAAUAUGGCGAAGAAGAUAAGAAUCUUGCUAGAGGAAAGCCCUUAUACUUAUGCCCCCAUAGAUGGACGAAACUACAGAAUAUUCAGUAUAGACAUUCAGUUAGAAGAAAUACAAAACUUACUUGGAAUAUAUUACAAUCAUUUGAUAUUAUUUCAAGUGAACACUAA